AUGUUAGUUGAGUGAUAACACUUUAGUUUGUACACAGAGAAAGUCUAUUACCACUUGAGGUUUUAGGAUUACCAUGAGACUGCUUCCCGAAUCCACCCUUCCUCUGAUCUUCUUAAUGACUUGGACUGAGCUCUUUCCCUUUACUGUGGGCCGUCCUGUUUCUUCAUCACAAGGAAGAGAAGGCCUGCAGAGACUUCAGGACGAAAUGCGCAUGCUGUCCACAUUGUUAACGGAGAAAAUGGAUAUGUCAGAGAUGAUGGAAGACUUUGAACGUGACCUUACCUCACUACCCACACUGAGAUUCACAGCACAAGACCUGAAAUCUCUUGAGGUGAGCAGAACCUUAGCAGAUCUGCACUCCGGUCUUACAUCAUUUCUCUUUCACCUUGACUGGCUGAUGCAGAAACAGGAAGAAUUGGGGAUGGAUUCUAGUAAGACACAGAAGAUCAUUCAUCGCAUCAAGAGCAUCAGCCGCAAAGUGCUCAAAGAGAUUGGGAGCGCACCACCUGAGUUUGUCCACCCUACCCUGCCUACCAUAAACACAUCCUGGCGUAUGUACCAGACCACAAUGGAGAUCCAAAAGAAACUGUAUUUAUUUUGUGACUGGUACAGGAGGGCUCUCGGAGUUCUGAAACAUAGACGAUAGCGGCUCAUAUCGAAUGAAGCCUGUAGCACUCCUCUCAUCUCCGUGCUGCCUUAAAGUUUCCAAUUCCUUAAAGGAGGGGUAAGCGCUAUUGGAAAAGUACAUCGGGCCGAGUACCAAAACACACGUAGCUAAUCAUCAGUAAGGGGCGUGUCUACUAAUAAUGGGGAGGAUAGUGCGCUCAGUUCUGUAAAACCUCUGUGGGGUUCUAGCAAAUACGUGUGAAAGAAACUCAGUCAAGAAAGGAGACUUACUUGCAUUACGCAAAGUAUUUGAUGUCUCCUGUUACCAGGCAUUUGUCCGCAUCAACCUACCCACCUCUGCUUCUUCCUCUUGUGCCGGUUGUUAAACGUCCCACUUCCGGUCCCGCUCGUGAAUCCAACACCCAAGUGACUUACAUUUUUGUGACUUUUGAGUGACAGGUGGAUGGCCGCUAUGGUCACUAUUGUAGAGCUAGGUGGGUGUGGGUUCAACAACCAGGCACCUCAGCUCCACACAUGUUCCACCUCUUUGUCUAUUUUUUUAUCCGUGAGUGACUCGUGGUGACACAAUGCCAAGAUGCUGACGCUGGCUCCGCCCACUUUUGGCUUCAGAAAUGCCAAAUUCCUUUUAAGGAAGCGCCGCCAUAUUUGCAAUGCCUCAGGUCUUGUUAGAACAAGACCUGCCGAUCUUGGGCAUGCCAAAGGAUCCUAUUUUUUGACGGUGGCCGAUUGGCUUUUUUACUGGGAGGCUGGACUAGAGCGGUUAUUCUGAUCGUUGCAAUCUCCCCCCAUUCAUAUCAAUACAUGGGAUGCAUCUUGUUAAUAUUAAGUGCUCUUCGGACACCUACGGGUGACAUCACGGACACUACGUCCAUGUUUUUUACAGUCUAUAGAUAUAUUCACAUUAUAAGCGACUUUGUCGCUGUGUGUCGCUCGUCUCUUUCAAAGGAGGCAUUACUAAAUCGGGUUGUCAUAAACAAAUAAGUAACGUCCACUCCAGUAACUGACGAGAGACGGAUGACGUGAACUCCCCGCUUCGCUCUCUUUGGUUGGCGCUCCCGAAAGUCGCUCAUAAUUUGCAUAAAGUUAAAAAUUUGCCGCGCUUCUGGACACGCCCCAUCCAGUUGUCAAUGGUCACCAAUCUUCUAUUGAAAUCAAUAAGAUCGCGUCCCUCUGCUAGUCUGAAUGCAGCUUAUGUGAGCGUUGCCUUCCGCACGAAACUAAGCAAAACCAUUAAAACAUGCAGUAUUAGUACCAAAACACGUUCGACCUGGAUUACUAUAGUGACACACAUUGCUUUUACUCUUUUACGACAUCAUACGCUCGGCCGACUGGAACAGCAAAUUCUGCCAUAGUCGUGCCGGGGUUGCGUAUGUAUGUGUGGGGCGGGGCUAUCAAAUUAGGCUCCUCUUUUGGGGGUAGCUGCGUGAUUGUUUAUGUGUUUUGAAAUAUCAACCACGUUUCCUAAAAAAACCUUACCCCUCCUUUAACUUUUCUGUUCUGACAGAUUCCACCAUUUCAUUUUUUCUUGAGUAAGAGGAGUUUUUUCAUAUAUUUCAUUUUUAAAUUAUAUAUUUAAUAUUUAAAGUUAUUUAUUAUUUAUGAGUUCUUUGUUUACAUUGAAGUAUUUUUGUAAAAAAAAUUCAAUAAGGGUGUAUUGGUAAACAUUAGUAAAUGCAUUAACUAACAGACAUUAAUACAUCAUUUUUCAACAUCUAUUAAUUCAUGUUAAUGUUAGUUAAUGUCAAUACAGUUAUUCAUGUUAUGGUGCAUUACAAUGCUUGAUUUUAUAAAUGCAUUACAUUUACAUGACUAAUUGUUAACAAAUACAACCUUAUUGCCAAGUGUUACCAGUAUUUUUAUACACAGAGUGGAUGAAACAGCACUUUAUGAAAAUCUUGCUUGUGCCAUUUAAAUGGGACUUUGUAAAAUCAACUGCAGGCAGUUGCUAAAAGCAAGCACUAGAUGUCGCUAUAUAACAGAGUAUUGCGGUGUAGUGAAAGGAUGCAGUCUAGGUCCUGCAGUCAUUCUUCUUUCUUUUAAAUUUCCAUCACAUCCUACUUGACAUAUAAAGGUGACCAAAUUAUCAUUUGGGUCUUAGACAAACAAGAAAAUAACCUUAAAAGUUUCAUUAAGGCUUAUUGAGGAACUUUUGAACAAAUGAAAUGAUGUGAGGGAUAAAUUUGGUUUUAAUGUUUAUACCUUUGUUCAGAUAACACAAUAUUAAAAAACAAUUUAUUUCAAAUUUCCUAGUAACAAAAAACUCUGUUCCUCACAGCUCUGUUUACAUACGCAGCUUUGUGUUUUGAAACAAUGUUGUGAAACAACCUUUUAUUUAUUUAUUUAUUUAUUUAUUCAUUCAUUCAUUCAUUUAGCUGGCAAGCGACUAACAAUUGCUAUAUAUAUAUAUAUAUAUAUAUGUGUGUGUCAGAGGUUGCACGCCUCUGGAGCAACAAGGGGUUAAGUGUCUUGCUCAGGGACACAAUGGUGUGUCACAAAGAAUUCGAACCCGUGUCUCUCAGACCAAAUGCGUGUUUUAUCUACUGUGCCAUCACCACCCAUAAACCUUUUGUUUAUUCUUUACUUUUGUUUUGUAAAUGUAAAUUAAGUGUCAGUAUUAGUGUCAGAACCGAUGGAGUAUGCCUGCAUUCCUUAAAUACAUCAUACAGUAACUAAGGUCAAAGUUUUUCCCAGUUUAAGAGUUUAAGACAACAGACUGACACAUUCAUACAAAGCCUAAAUUUACUUUGUUAGUCACCAGGCCCAUGAUAAAGUGGUGUUAACAUUCGAUAAUCAUUUGGAAAAAUCAUUCAUUUGUAAGGAAACUAUGUGUAGUAAUGUCUAAUGCAUCGUGAUUUGCCUUUACAAGCCCAGUGAGAUGCAUAUGAUUCAGUACUUGUAUGAGUCACAGUGUUACUUGUUUGUAUUUUUCAUACUUUUUUAUACAUAUCAAUAUUUAUUUAUUUUUGUAUUUAUUAUUUGUGUAUUUAAUUGUUUCAUCACAUUGUUUUUCAAUAAAAAAUUUACAAUGAA